UCCCUAUGUGAGCCACCAUUGCCCCUUCCCGAUUCUUUCCUUGUUUUCCCAAACCUACUCCCUCUCCUCUUCCUCGUCUCCUGUUUCUUCGUUUGAUCCGCGUCCCCUUCGCCUUCUUCGCCUGUCGGCUCGUCAAUUUUCGCCCGAAGAUUGGAUUUUUCGAAAGAUUAUGUCCUAUUCAGGUGAUCUGGUUCGGUGUUGCUGCGUGCCGCAUCGGGUUUCUUGGCGGGUUCUUCGGGAAAGAUAGGAUCUUUCUGCUGGAAUUGCCGCCGGAGGUACCCUGCUCUGUUCCCGUGACGUGUUCUUGCGAAAAGUUGGGAUUUUUCUGGGCGAGAUUAGCUGCUGGACUGUCGGGGGCGUCUGGUCCUGACCAGGGUUUCCGUGGGAAGAUCUGAUCUUGAACUAAUUUUCCUUGUGGCGAGGUUGUGAUUCUUGUUUCUAGAAGGUCAUUAGGGUUUCUCAGCCGGAGAUGGGUUAGGGAAGCCACUCUUCGAGCUUGUUGUUUUGAUAAGAUUGCGGAGUCAGGUGUUAUGAAAGGGGAGAAGGAUGACGACAGGGUCAUGGGGCCUCUGUUUCCGAGGCUCCAUGUGAAUGAUCCCGAUAAAGGGGGUCCGAGGGCGCCUCCGAGGAACAAGAUGGCACUGUACGAGCAGCUUAGUGUCCCCUCUCAGAGGUUCAACUCAGCUUCCUCUACCCUGCCAUUUCCUCCUCGAAACUCCAGCAACUUGGUCCCUUCUCUUCCGUCGAGCCAGGGAUGUGGGCAUCGUAAGAAUAUGUUUUCUCCACUGUAUAUGACUCCUCCAGUGCCUGUUCGUUCUGCAGAGGUAAUUAAUUCUCAAACAUCUGACAGAAUGAAUAGUAUUGCGACAAGGAUGGAAUUUGAGAGAAAAUCCAUAAAGCAAACAAGCUCUGGAAAUUUGUUUGGCACAGGAUCGGCUGCUGCUGAAUGUAGUACACAACGACCACGCAACCCUAAUGUGAAGAAGUCUAGAGGGAAAAUGUUGGAUGAUGUGGAUGAUAUAGUAGUUCCUACCUUUGAUCAGUCAGAAGUCCUUGCAUCCUUGAAGAAAGAUGCACAUAUGACAGAUGCAGGUAAGUUAUCUACCCUUAGCUCCCGGCAAACACAUAAGAGUCCUGCUGCGAUCGAUUUUUCAGUUCAGUGUCCAAAUUCAAAUGAGAAGCCCUUAGGACAAACAGAUAGUAUUGAGACCAAAUCAAAAAAUUCUAUUAUAAAUCGUUUUGGAAAAAACUCUAAGGAAACUUCAUUAAUUGAAGAGCCAAAGGAAACCAAAGAGAAUUCUGCUUCUCAUAGAGCUGCUGAGAGAUUAAGCAGUUCAAAAGAUUGUUUGGUUAGAGAUAACACAGGUAAUUUACAUGUCACUGAGAAAUCAGUGAAUGGAAAUCCAGAGUUGUAUCAAGAAAAUGGUAAUUUGAAUGGAUGUCAGACCUUGAAUGACCAUGUUCUUUUAAAUAAUGCCGAAGCUCAGAGAGCCAGAAGUGAAUUAUGUUCUGAAGCAUCACCUGAAAAAGGUCAAAGAACUUUAAAUUUGUCUGAGAACUGCCAAAAAGAGGGCAGUGGGUCACUGGAAUAUGGAGAUGCAGUAAGACAAGAUGAUACAUUGGAGCCCUCCAUGGUCGACACAGUAUCAUGGUUGGGGAUAUCCCCAGAUGAUAUUGUUGGAGUAAUUGGUCCAAAGCACUUUUGGAAAGCCCGAAGAGCUAUUAUCAAUCAGCAGAGGGUUUUCGCGAUACAAGUGUUUGAGCUUCAUAGGUUGAUAAAGGUUCAGAAGCUGAUGGCUGCAUCGCCACAUUUACUUCUGGAAGGCAAUCCCUACAUAAGCCGAUCUCCAGUAGAAGCACCCAGUAAGACCCUAUUACCUCAAGGUAACACAACUUCUCAGCCAGAGGAAUUUAGACCUAAAGAUGAUCAUCAGAAGCCAAAACAGAAUGUGGAGCAGCCACCAGAUGACAUUUCUGGUAUCCCAGCUCUUCCUGCAUGUGAGGAUGGACCUAAAGGAGGUUCACAAGGUCAAGUUCCAAAAGUUGGUCCCAACUCUGGAUACUUGUCACCGGUGCCAGUAGCUCCUGAUGACAAAUCAAGUCCUUGGUGUUUUCCUCCUUUGGCAAAUCAAUGGUUAGUUCCUGUUAUGUCGCCUUCAGAAGGACUUGUUUACAAGCCCUAUAUGGGACCUUGUCCACCAACUGGUGGCUUCAUGACCCCUCAUGGAAGCUGUACGCCACUCGGCAUGUCCCAUGUGGCUGGAGACUUCAUAAACUCAGCUUAUGGUGUUCCAGCAUCUCAUCGGCCACCAAAUAUGGGUGUUAUGUCCGGGCCUCCUGCAAUCGUACCCCACUAUUUUCCUACACCUUAUGGCAUUCAAGCUUUGAACCCACUCAUAUCAACCUCUGCAGUGGAGCAGGUCAACAAUCUAGCUGGUUCGCAGCCCAAUGUGCAAACUGGGCAGUGUUCAAGGAGCUCAUGCAAUAUGUCCCAUCAUCCGAAGGAAGCAUUUUCUGGCCAUCGUGGGAAGUUUCGAGAGUCAAAGAACAGCGAGUUACAAGGAAGCACAGCAAGCAGUCCUGCUGAGAAGGCACAACCAAAUGGAAGAAGCACGUCUCCACUCCUUUCUACGGCUUUAGCAGCAAACAACCAUAAUUGCCCAUCACAAUCCAGUGGUCGAGAUAGCUGCACUCGUGUGAUCAAGGUUGUGCCUCACAAUGCUAGGUCUGCUACAGAGUCAGCAGCAAGGAUUUUCCGGUCGAUACAAAAAGAAAGACAACAGCAUGAUUCAUGAUCAUCAUACAUCCAGAACUGAAUUCCAACUAUUUCACGGGUGUCUGUGAGCUCAGUUGAUGUUUUUGCUGCUGCUUAAUUGGGAUUCUGGUCUUUUUUUAAUCUGGCAACAGAGGAUCUGUUUGGCACUAUAGUAAGGUAAUUCCUCUACAACCCACGUGAUCAUUGUUUAAGCCAUGGAAAUAAUCUCUCUUCCUAUGAGGGUUAUGUAACAUAAUCUUCACCAGCUCCAUGUCAGUGGGAGUCUUGUGCAUUGAGCUGUUCUUUUCCCCAUUUAUUCAGUAAAAUGUUAUGUGAGUGACCGAAUAUACACAUAGGACAUGAUGCUAGCAUUUUGUGGGUUUUCUUUUCUUUUAAGGUACGGUGCCCAGCAGAAUUUAGUGUAAAUGUAAUGAGAGAGAUAUAAGCUUUUGUUUGAACAGCGUGCAAGUAAAUUUUCA